AUGUCAUCCCAGAACGUUUCUAAUGGUGGAGGUGCAACGUUAACGACAAUACAUCAAAGAUGUGGUGAUUUUAUAAUUGAAAUCGAACCUUAUUAUCAUUAUCAUCCUUCUGCUUCCAUUACUAAUAAUGUUAAUUCUAAUUCAACUUCUGCCGCUUUAAUGAAUUCUAUAUCAACUCCACGUCAAUCAACGACGUCUAAUUCGUCCUUUUCUACCUAUUAUCAUUCCUCCCCAAAUUCUACGUCAAAUUCUCCUCCCUCUUACUCUCAUUCUUACCCACUUACAUCAAUAACCGAAGGUCAAUCCUUAUCAUUAAUUACGACAAAGAAGAUCAAAGAUUUGGAGGAUCAUAUAUCGUAUCAAUCAGAAAACUUGCGUUCGAUGAUUUGGGAAAGGGAUAAUUUAAAACAUUUAAACUUUACUUUGGAAAGUCAAUUACAACAGCUCAUAUCAAAUUUAUCAAGGCAAUCUACGCAAAUCGAUUCUCUUGUAAAGGAAAAACAAGUAUUGCAAAAUAAUUUAAAAGAUCGAAAACAAUUACAAUUGCUACUUACAAGUACCGAAAAAGAAAAUGAUGAUUUGCACGGUAAAUGUCAUACGUUAGAAAUGCGUUCUUCUGAAUUACAAGAAAUGAUUUCCAAUUUACAAUUUCAAUUGAACAAUUCUCAGAAUCAUAAUCAAGAAAUACAAAGGACGCUCGUAGACAAUCAUCAACAAUGUGAGGAUUUAAGACAAAAGUUAUCCGAUAUUCAGAAAGAAAGGAAUGAUUUGCGGGAUGAAGGUUUACGUUUACGUAAUCAGAAUGAUAAUUUGGCCGCUGGUAUGAGUAAAUUACAAGAUGAAUUAAAUUAUCUUAUUAAAACAAGAGAUGACCCAUUAAAAGAAAAUUUAGAUGUCAAGAGCAACUAUCAUUUAUUGGAAAAUCCAUCACAGAGAAAUUCACAGGAAACGAUUGAUUUUUCACAGGAAAGUUGGUUUAAUAAAGAUGAUUCCCAACGACGAAUUCAAUCCAAUGGACAAUUUGGCAUUAGUACUACAAGCGAACAAAGUUUAUUGAGUGAAUUUACUGCAAGCAGUGGCGAAGAAAUUGAUGACGGUGAGAAUAAUGAAAGCGAAUGGGAUAGAAAAAGCGUAAAUAAUACUAAAGAUCAUGAUCGAAAAAUAGUUCAAAGUCGAGAAAUUUCACAAAAUACAAGGGAGGAAAUGCUUGAAAAAGAACAACAAUUGAAACAAUUACAUGUGGAAUUAAAUACUUUAAGGGAGGAUAGGGAUGAAUUAAAAUGUAACUUUGAUAAAGUCUCCGACGAUCACAAUACAUUAUUAAAAAGGUUUGAGAAUUUACAAGCAGAAUUAAACAACGUAACAAUGAGCAGGGAUGAGGAAUUACAGUGUGUGACUAAGAAUAGAAAUGUGUUGCAAGAGGAAUUAACGAGUGUAACUAAGAAACAUGAUGUAUUACAAGGAGAAUUACAAAGUAUAACAAAUGACAGGGAUAGCUUGCAAGAAAAAUUAACAAUCAUGACAAAGACUUUGGAUGAAUUAAAAUGCAAUUAUAAUUUAGAGAAGAAAAUACUUGAAGAAAAUAUUGAGAAGUUGCAAGAAGAACUAAAUGAUGUAAUUUCUCGUCGUGAUGAAUUGUCUUUGGAUGUAUCUUCGGAAAGGAGCUUGUUAGAAACAAAGAUUCAUCAAUUACAGGUUGAUCUAGAUUCUUCACGACAAGAUUUAGAAGGUUCACGAAAAGAAUUGAAAUUAUCACAGGAAUUGUUUAAAUCUUUAGAACAAGAGCAUAAUUUUACACGCAAAGAGUUAGAUCAUUCACAACAAGAAUUGAAAACUUCAAGACAAGAAUUUGAUACUAAAUGUCAAGAUUUAGAAUCUUCCCAGCAAGGAUUAGCUACCACGCGCCAAGAAUUAGAUUUUAUACGAAAAGAAUUGGAUUUAUCACGAAAUGAACUUGUUUCCACCAAACAAGAAUUAAAUUCUUUACAGGAGGUAUUCAUUUCUAUUCAACAAGAAUUAAAUUCCACGAAAAAUGACCUUAAUUCUUUACAAAACAUACGAGAAAAGUAUACCAUAUUAAAAUCACAAUAUACAGAAAUAAUAGAACAAAAUCACGAUUUAACGAUAGAAUCAGAAAAGUUACAAACGACUUCCAAUGAAUACAAACAACAAAACGAACAAUAUCUUACUCAAAUAGAUAAACUACUAAAAGAAGAAGAAAAUAUAAUUAGAAGUAAAAAUGUGACGGAAGUAGAAAAUGAUUUAUUAAAAUCACAACUAGAAAACUUACAAGCAUCAUUAAGCAAAUUGAGCGACAUAGAAAAAGAAUCUAGAAUAAUUAGACAAGAAAGAGAUGAGUUAAUUUUAGAAAACUCAAAGAUACAAAGUGAAUCAGGAAAAUUAAAAGAUAGAAUCGAUACACUUGCAAAUGAAAAUGAAGAAAUUUUGGAUCUGCUACAAAAAGUUAAACAAGAACAAGAUGAUGAUCUAAAGAAGGAGCGAAGAGAAAUGAUAAAUAAGAUCGAAUUAUUAACACAAGAUUUAAGCACCGUAAAAGAACAACGGGAAGAAUUAAAAGCUCAAAACGCUCGUAUUAGUUUAUCGAUGACGAAAGUCAGUGAAGAAAGCGAACGUGGACUUGGUGAGCGUGAAGGUUUGAAACAUCAAUUAACCAAUCUUAAAGAUCAAUAUAAUUUGUUAUUGGAAGAAAAUGAGAUGAUGAAAAAAGAACGUAUUCAAGCCGAGAAAUUACAAGAGGAAUUGAGUGCGGCUAAGCGACAAUUAAAGAAUAAGACUGCACGUCCAUGUAUGUCGCAAUCUCCUCCACCUCCACAACGAAAAUCCGUUAGACGAGCUUCAAACGCUAUUCAGAAUCAAGUACCCGGGCAACAUCAACCUGAUCAAGUAAGUAACCGUGGAUCCCAAGAUUCCAUACAAAAUAAGCAGGAAUCUGCUAGUAUAGUACAGGCAACAUUAGUUAGAGUAGAUCAACAUCGUCCACAACAACCACAUCAAACUGUUCGUAGUGGAUCAUCACAAUCUCAACAAAUAUCGCACAUUUCACCAUCAUUAAAACGUUCAAUUUCUUCAAAACAGCGACAUUCAACUUUUCCCGAAGAAACAAUUAUAUCAAUGAAUACCAACGGAAGAAUCACUCAACUUCCCGUGAUUAACAAAACUUCAAAGAGAAUAUCGUCUAUAUAUUCAUCUAAUGAAGAAUCAAAUGAAGAUUCAGGUGUUUAUCUUCCGAGAAUUAUUUCUCCUGCACCCACUAAAGCAAUACCUUAUUUGAUUACUUCUAAUAAGGGCAUGAAUAACAGAGAUCAGCAUAUUAGUGAAGAGCCAAGUCAAAUUGUUGAUGAUUCGCGUCGUAAUUCAUUAAGUGGAGAAUCCACUUAUAAUGAUAAUACAUCUAGUAGAAGAAGUUCGUUGUAUAAUCCACCACCGUCACCAUCAUUUAUACCAAAGUUAGUUGAUGUUAACAAACGAUCUUCAACUUACGACGCCUCAAAACCAUUACCAUCUGUUCCUUCUGUUACUAUUGUUCCUAAAAAAGUCAAUGACAAACGAAGUAAAUCAGAUGAUACGGCUUCAGGUGCAUCAACUAUUAAAAACAGACGUAGUUUAAUUUUAUCAAAAUCUAUGUCAAUAACUGGUAAUUCAGCUAAAAGAAUAAGCGGAAUGAUAAGUAGAGAAAAAGAUAAAAAAGAUAAUGAAAGCAUUUCAAGCAAAGAAGCGCCUCUUUGUGAAUUUUGUAAUCAACAACCUUGUAAGAAGAAGGCUAUUAAGGGCUAUCGUAAAUAUUGUAGCAAUAAUUGUAAAGAAUCAGCUGUCGCUGCUAAUCGGGUUACGAAUGAUAAUGCAAGUGAAAUAUCAAAACAUGAUGGUAAUCCGAAAUCACGCAAAUCCUACAGUAGUUCGAUUUAUAACGCUUCAACAGAAUCUCUUCCUAAGCGGCGUUAA